AUGUCUUUCGAAUACGGUCAGUUUCCGAACGCUCAGCAAGAGGGUGCGCCAGGCCAGGUUCCUCCUCCCCAAGAUGGAGCGGCUCCGGGCCAGCCAACCGAUCCUUCUGGUCAGCCUCAGAUGCCAUUUCCGACCCCAGACGUGAAUGCUGCACCUCAGACCGGACCUGGCGGAGAACAAAAGACGACUCUCUGGAUGGGGGAACUGGAGCCGUGGAUUGAUGAGAACUUCAUUCGCAACCUUUGGUUCCAAAUGGGCGAGCAAGUCAGCGUCAAGAUGAUUCGCGACAAAUUCUCAGGCAGUAACGCUGGCUAUUGCUUCGUCGACUUCUCUUCCCCACAAGCUGCCGCCAAAGCGCUUCAACUCAGUGGACAACCCAUUCCAGGCUCGAGCCGUCCUUUCAAGCUGAACUGGGCUUCCGGUGGUGGUUUGGCCGAUCGACGUGACGACCGUGGUCCGGAGUAUUCCAUUUUCGUCGGCGAUCUCGGUCCAGAAGUCAACGAAUACGUUCUGGUCUCACUCUUCCAGAGCCGCUUCCCAUCCUGCAAGUCGGCCAAGAUCAUGACCGAUCCCCUUUCUGGGAUGUCUCGUGGCUACGGUUUCGUCCGCUUCUCGGAUGAGAGCGACCAGCAGCGUGCCCUAAGUGAGAUGCAAGGUGUCUACUGCGGCAAUCGUCCUAUGCGCAUUUCCACUGCCACCCCCAAGAACAAAGGAGGACCCAUGGGCGCUGCGGGAAUGGGCAUGCCGGGGACGGGCCCUUUGGGAUAUCCACCGAUGGGGGGACCUCCAAUGCCAUUUUACGGCCAACAGCAAACUCCUCAACCGAUGAACCAGUUUACCGACCCUAACAACACCACCGUUUUUGUUGGAGGACUUUCUGGAUAUGUCACCGAAGAUGAACUGCGCUCUUUCUUCCAAGGAUUCGGGGAGAUCACCUAUGUCAAAAUUCCACCUGGCAAGGGUUGUGGCUUUGUUCAAUUCGUUCAGCGUCAUGCUGCCGAGAUGGCUAUCAAUCAAAUGCAGGGUUAUCCUAUUGGGAAUUCUCGUGUGAGACUUUCAUGGGGCCGCUCACAGAACAACUCGGGGCCUGCAGGAACUCCCUACCGACCUGCUCCCCCCCCACCGAUUUACCCUUCCAUGGGCAUGCCUCCGCAGCACUCAUACGGCUACACGCCGAUGAAGGUUGGUCCAGUCCCCCCCCCCUUCCCAAAAAGUCAUGUCGCGGUACUGACCUGA